UUUCAGAAACGCACAAUUGUGUCAAAAUAAGCUUCAGCGCACCGAGUUAACGCUGGGAGUAAAGAUGCGCUUGAAAAGAGACUGUCGGCCAAAGAAAUGGGAUUUACUUUGGAAAAUGUACAUCAUUCAAACUUUGCUGGAGUUCGUGCAGAGUUGAAACGCUUGGGAUUUUUCUGCUCCAACUUUGAGCUCGUUCUAAACGCAUGGAUGGAAACCAGGAGAGCGAAAUACGUUUGGAAGUACAUUCAUUUGUUUUCGUAAACAAUCUCAUGCUCUGCUGUUCUUGUUUUUGUAUCCCCCGGGCAACACCGCCAGGCACGUUUUGUGGUUAAAUGGGUGCAUUGUAAGCUUUUUUUCAACGGGGGUGAAGCAACGGAGGAAGAAAAAAGUGUGGACAAUUUAUCAAUGAACUGAAAAAAAGGAAGAGUAAUAACUGGGAGGACAGGCAACGCCAUGGCUGAAAGAGAGAUGGAGAGGAAAGCGCCGGUUUAUAGGAGCGUUUCUUUAAAAAAACUGGAAAGCUGGAAAGCAAAGCGCAGAUCCUUUGGAGAGGAUUUGGAGAGGCGCGGUGCCCUUCCCCCAGACGCCGCAGAGCGCAGCGCUCAGCCCUCACAGGCGACGCGCACUGUUACUGUAUCCAGAAAAGUUUCCAAAAUCUCAGCGUCCAAUCCUCCGGGCUCAGAUCUAAAGAAAAGCUCUCAUGCGACCUGUCUGUCUGUUCGCGAGCUUUCCGAAAAGUUCGUUUCAAACGCGGGGACGCAGAGCAACAAUGGAAACGUUAAAAGUUUAGUUGUUAAUAGUAGCGAGAAUUCGUUUUUGGACGACAGCUGCUCAUCCAAGGAGAUUUUGGAGUUUGGGAUUGAGAAACUCAAGGAUAGUAACCAAUACAGUUCGACCCAAGAGUCUGUGUCAGGCUCUGAUUCGGACAGAGGAGUUCGAAACACUGGGGCUGGCACCAAAACAGGGAGCCCAACAUGUAAAUCUCAUCGUCGCUAUCACCCUUCAUAUGGAGAGACCAUUCACAUUGCUGCAAACUGGCCAAGUGUUACUAAAAUUAGAGAACUUUUUGGGGAUGGACGCAGAAAGCAACACAGGUCGACGUCUGAUGCUGAUGACUUGAAAUCUGCCUGUCAACACCUCCAACAUUCUUUCAAUGCUGAAUACGGUAGCUCAGCCUCAGACAAAACUGGCUCACACCAUCCAGCUAGGCCCUGCCAUGAAACAAGCAGGUCUGAUAAUGAAAACACCGCACUGUAUGUAGACAAUUCCACCCCAAAUUGCAAAAGAUAUCAAACUUCAUGUGUUGAAAGCCAUUCCUGUGAGUCGAUUUGUGAUCCCCCACAGAAUAAUUGUUGCAGUGACCUCCAGUCUUCUCCCCCGGCACCCCCUCCCCGCAGUAGAACCAGCGUCUCACCCCUCAGGACUCACUCGUUUGCUCACCGUUGGCAGCUGCAGGGGCAGAGAGAAGAGCAGCCGCAGCCACCGGAUAGCUUGCAUUCCUCGCAUAACUCCACCAAACCACAGACAGGCCCCUCCGUGGAGCUAGCCGGCACCCGGGGAAGACUGAGCUCUGGAGAAGAGGACGAGGAGUCGAGCGCAAGGACACUCGGCACACAUUUCCUCCUAUACAAGCAUGGCUCCCAGGCUAAGGUGAGGGGGAGGUCUUCAGGCAGUGAGGAGGACAGUCCUGCAACGCUAGCUCACCACAGCAGGGACGUGAGACGUCGCUCACUAAGAAAAAAGAAGAAAAGUAGCUGCAGUAGGGAUAAUGAGGUGUCGGACGACAGCGACGACCAGCCUGUAAUGAUGGAACACUUAGAGAGCUCUGAUUCUCGGCCGGCCGGACGUGGGAUUGAGGGCCUGCGGUCUAGAGGAUGCGUUACGGGCCUAUCAUGGACACGUGGUGCCUCAUCUCUCGGUUCACGUGUUUCUAAGGAAAACUUUAGGCAUCUAUAUAGAACUUUUGAGGGACCAGUUGGAGGCAGCCCUGUCCCACAGGUGUCACGGGUGUCAAAGGUCACCAUACCCUCAUUUACAUCCAGUCCACUGGGGUCGAGAAGUUGUAGCAGGUAUUCCAGCACAGAGACAUUAAAGGAAGAAGAUCAACCAGCCAGCUCCCACGUCUUCGGCAGGGCGUCAUCAACUGUUCAGAGUAAAACAUACCAUGGGAAUGCCACCAUGUACCGCUCACCCAGUUUUGGCCAUGGAGACAACUUUUCCCAUUCCCCAGUUCGAGUUCAUCCCAGACUGGUACCCAGCUUCAGUCCAGCAGAGUGUAAAGAAAACAAGGUACUUCACCAUUCUUUAAACGAUGAUAAAGACAAGAACAGGAUCUCUAUGUCAAACCCUGAUAUUUCCUCAGAAACUCUGUCGCUUCUCAGCUACCUUAAGACAGAUCUAUCUGAGUUAAGAAUGAGGAAGAAAGGGCACGGCGAUGAGGGAGGUCUGAACUAUGUGUUUCAGGUUGGUCAGAGCACAACAGUGCACAGAAUGGGCUCCAAGACGCAUCGGCCGCACCGGCCGCACCCUGGACGGCCCUCCCUGAAGGACCUCACUGCUACUUUGAGAAGGGCCAAGUCUUUCACGUAUUCUGAGAAGCCUGUAGUGCAGCGUUGUUAUGGAAGCGGGCCAGGUUUGAGGAGUUCCUCUGAGCAGCGGCUAGACUGUGAAGGUAGUGUAGAGCGGGUGGUGGUUUCUGACAGGGAGGUGGAGAGCGAUGACUGCAGGAGUGCUUAUGGUUACGAGGAGCCAAUGCCAACCCCUCUACAAGACCGCUAUGUGCAGGAAGCCAGACAGGUAAUAAGGGACAUCUGUCAGAUGGGUGAAAGUAAGGAUGAGGACGAUUUUGAGGAAGAACGUUUCAGGAGAAAAAACAAUGAUGCUAAAAAAGGUAGUGAAAAGGAAGAUGAGGCAAAGCGGGAGGAGAGGAGUCUUGCUGGUUUUACAGGGUGUGAGGAAGGAGAGGCUGACAGAGAAAGUGGAAAAUGUUUACAGAAGGGAAAUUCAGAGGAAAAUGUGUUCUGUGAUAAGUCAUUGGAUGAACUUUCUGGCCAUGAAUCUAGCCUGACAGAUGAAGGAAUUGUCACGGAGCCAGAGGUUGGCUCAUAUGGGGGGUUAUCCAUUAGUAAAGACUUGCUAGGGCAGACCCUCACCGUUUGGAAUCAGUCAGGGUUGUAUGAGCAGCAGAUGCCUGAUACAACACCAGAUGAAUCUCUCUCAUCUCAGCUUCCCUCUGUUAGGACAGAGUAUGAGGGAGUAGCCAUAGGAGGAGACAUUAGUAGCAGUAAAAAUGUAAACCAUGGGGCCUCAGAGGCUCCUUCAACUCCCAGCGCUAUUCGCAGGCGAAGGAAAUUCUCCUCAGCUGGUAACAACGGCUCGGACUCCAGCAAUGGCAGCAACGGAGAGUCAAACGGUGAAUCUGCAUACCGCUCGCUGAGCGAUCCCAUGCCUCACAGACGCCGUUCGAUCGCAGAGGAUGGCGGAAAGAACUUCUCCAUGGACAGCAACCUGCUGGGUUCCCUCUCUUUAAACUCGAAGGUGAGCGGUUGCACGCAGUCUUCGGCUGCAGACCUUUCUGAAUACAUGUGUAGUGCUGGCAGUGACCUCUCUGUUUGUAGCGACAGCCUGCGAGAUUACAGCACAGUGAUUCAAAGCAUUGUGUGCGAGCCCGGCGCGAUGGACAACCUCAUCGAUGAGAAAGCCAACGGCAAGGCGGUGAAGAAGAAGAGCUUUAGCGAUCCCAGCAGACGUGGGGAGCUGGCAGAUACGGCCACAGAAUUUCAGAGACAUCCCAGCGAGCCUAUUUGCGAAUUAGAACAAUCCAUACCACCUUCCAGCAGUGAGCCCAUCUUAUCUGAGCAAAGAGACGAGCUAUGGGAACUCAAUAGCGAACGACAGCUUUGUUGUUCCCCCAAGAGGCCUCGUUCCCAAUCGGAGCACGUUUUACCCUCCCACCUUGGGCAAAACGGAGAAGCAAAAGUGACGGACGAGCCCGUCUUUCCCUUUGACCCCAAGCUAGCUCAUGUUUUGUCUCCUCGCAUGAGUCGUAGAAUCAAGAAACGCUCUAACCGCUUUACCCACCAGACGUCUUGUGAUGACAGUGAUCAACUGGAGGAACAGAGUGAGGAACCGUCUUCUGAAUGCCCAGAUACCACCUCCAUCCUUCCCCAGCUUCCAGUCUUAAAAGUCAGAUCCAAACAUGUCCGUCAUGCCAGUGAACCGCCCACAUUUUUGCCAAUAGAUUCUUCAAAAAUCUCUGAGGACCACCAGAGGUCUAGCCACGUCCCAGAGUCUUCACCUGCCCGCAAGGUAGUCCAGGGGGAGGACGCCCCAUCAUUAGCGGACGUCACUGAGCCACACAUCUUGGCUCCAAACUCUCAUGAGGGUCCAAUGGAGACCCCCGCAGCCACUGUUGAGGUUAUACCCGAGGGCGCUACGUCUACACCUUCAGCUCCUACCAACGGUGCCGAGUCAAAGCUAGACAGGAAGUCCAGCGAGGAACUUGCCACUGCUCCUUUGAAGACCAAACCAAGGGUGGACAUGAGAAAACAUGUAAUGAGGACUCUAGUGGACACCGAACAGUCUUACGUUGAAUCUCUACGCACACUCAUUCAGGGCUACAUGAAGCCCUUGAAGCAUCCGGAGAACACUCCUCUCUGUGACCCGUCUCUGGUGGAUGAGAUGUUCUACCAGAUCCCAGAGAUCCUGGAACAUCACGAGCAGUUUCUGGAUCAGGUGCUGGACUGCGUCAACCAAUGGCACGACAGACAGACCGUCGGACAUCUGCUCGUUCAUUCUUUUUCCAAAGAGAUCCUGGCUAAUAUUUAUUCAGCGUACAUCGAUAACUUCAUGAACGCCAAAGAUGCUGUGAGAAUCGCCAAGGAGGCCAAACCCGCUUUUCUGAAGUUUUUAGAUCAAAGCAUGCGUGAGAAUAAAGAGAAACAGGCCCUGGGCGAUCUGAUGAUUAAACCCGUCCAGCGGAUCCCACGAUACGAGCUGCUGGUCAAGGAUCUUCUUAAACACACAUCUGAAGAGCACCCGGACUACACAUUUCUGCUGGACGCUCAGAGGAACAUCAAACGACUGGCAGAAAGAAUCAACAAAGGCCGACACAACGCAGAAGAACUGGAGAAAGAGACACGCGUCAUGCAGGAGAUCGAAGCUCAUAUAGAGGGUGUCGAACAUAUCCUGAAUCCACAGAGGAAGUUUCUGAGGCAAGAGAUGGUGGUGGAGGCUAAAACGGUCGGCGGGAAGAAGGACCGCUCUCUUUUUCUGUUCAGUGACCUGCUCAUCUGUACCACGCUGAAGAGGAAGUCCGGAUCUCUCCGCAGAAGUUCCAUGAGUCUGUAUUCUGCUGCUAGUGUCAUUGACACCUCAAGUAAAUAUAAGUUCCUGUGGAAACUGCCUUUAGACGAUUUGGAGGUGGUUAAAGGUUCUAGCCAAGCUUCUAACAAAGAAAACAUCCAGAAAACCAUCGGCCGUUUGGAUGAAGAUCUCAGCACCCUCGGACAGAUCAGCAAACUCUCAGAGACCCUCAGUUUCCCUCAUCAGGGUUUGGAUGAUGUGAUAAAGGAUCUCAUGGCUUCGGUUCACCGUGAGUUGGCAGAGAAACAGUCUCUGGCCUUUAGUAUGACGUUAUUACCCACUAAACUGGAGCUGACCACAGCGUCGGCCGAGAACACAUUCAUCUUUGAGUUCAGCAGUCCUGACGCUCGCAGUAACUUUGAACAAGCUUUCGAGGAGGCCAAAAAGAAACUCGCUAUGAACAAGGACCAGUGGGACCCCGAGUUCCUGAAAGCCAUCCCCAUCAUGAAGACCCGCAGCGGGAUGCAGUUCUCCUGCGCCUCCCCCAGUCACAGCUGUCCUGAGAACACGUAUGAAGUGUGGGUGUGUAACAGCGACGGAUACGUGGGUCAGGUGUGUUUACUGAACAUCAGAGACGAGCCCACGGUGGAGGCCUGCAUCGCCGUCUGCUCCGCUCGCAUCAUCUGCAUCGCAGCCGUGCCGGGACUUAAAAACAGCAGAGAACGUAUUGGCAAUUCUGCUCCAUCUGUCCCGGCGGACUCGAGCACCACAGCCUCCGCACAACCCCAGCUUCACAUCUCCAUCUCCGGCUCAUCUCUAGAGCUCAGCGAGCCCCCCGCGGCUCCACCGGCGGAGCUCGUGCCCUUCGACAGCGAUGACACGGAUGAUGAAGACUCUCCCAGCCCCUCAUCCACACUACAGAGUCAAGCCUCCCAUUCUACCAUCUCAUCCAACUUCAAUGAUGAGGCGGCCGUUUCUAAGGACAUGGCCACUGAGACCACCAGCUCUGAGGAGGAGCAGGAGUUUCCGGUGCCCAGCUCAUUCGGGGCUGCUCGGCUCAGUGCCGACAAUCCCAUGGACGGUCGGGCCAUGCGGAGGUCCAGUCGAGGGUCGUUCACACGCGCCAGCCUGGACGACCUGCUCAGCAUCGACCCAGAGGCGUAUCAGAGCUCCGUUUGGCUGGGAACCGAGGACGGCUGCAUCCAUGUGUAUCAAUCAUCAGACAACAUCAGGAACAGAAAGAACAGUAUGAAGAUGCAGCAUUCCGCUUCUAUUCUCUGUAUCCUGUAUCUUGACAACAACGUUUUCGUGUCCUUGGCAAACGGGGAGGUGAUUGUCUAUCAGAGGGAAGCAGGAAGUUUCUGGGAUCCUCAGAGUUCACAAACGCUGUGUUUGGGCUCUUCAAGUGUACCUGUGACUAAAAUGGUUCCCGUGGCCGGAAAGCUGUGGUGUGGUUGUCAAAAUCGUGUACUUAUUGUCAACCCCAGCACUUUAACACAAGAGCAUUCAUUCCAAGUGGGUCAGGACAGCGCGCGCUGCUUCACCAGUAUAGUGAAUUAUGGGAAGGGCGUGUGGAUGGCAUUACAGGGCAGCGCUCAGGUGCGACUCUAUCACGCCUCCACCUACGAGAGCCUGACGGAGGUCGACGUGGCGCCUGCCGUACACAAGAUGCUCGCAGGUUCUGAUGCUAUUAUUCGGCAGCACAAGGCAGCUUGCUUGCGGAUCACGGCUCUGCUGGCGUGUAAGGACCUGCUGUGGAUCGGCACCAGCGCCGGCGUCGUUCUGACGCUGGUCAUCCCGCCCGUGUCGUCCAGCACCGGACCGGGCUCUGUGCGGUCUCCCCUCGUCCCGAUGGGCUCCGCUCACGGUCACACCGGUCACGUCCGCUUCCUCACGUGCAUCGAGCUGCCGGAAGGUUUCGAUCUUAACUUCCCGCUGCAGUCAGACGCAGUGAACUCCACACAGAAUCACUCUGAGAGCGGCGGUGGAGGAUUGCAGAGGCGCGACUCGGCCCGACGGCGCUCGUCAACGCUCACGCCCGUCAAAUCCAACCUGCUGGUGAUCAGCGGCGGCGACGGCUAUGAAGAUUUCAGACUGACCAAUAGCAGCGAGACGGUGGGGCGGGACGACAGCACAAACCACUUACUGCUGUGGCGCGUGUGAUAAAGCCCCGCCCCUCCACGCAAGCCGCUGGACUAUCCCUCGCACUUCCCCCUGAAGCCCCGCCCCUUCUUGUUUUCUUAUGCAUUGUGCACGGGCGUGUAAGAUGUGAAUAACGGGGUGUUCGUUUGGGUCAGAGCUUUCCGCCACUUUGUUUCUUGUUGUGAGAAAUCGAUCUCGCUUGCCGUGUGGUGUUCCUCUGUGGGCGCUUUUAAAUAUCGUGUUGAAACUCAACUUUUAAAAUAAGAGUUACGCUGAAAACCCCUCGCGGAGGAGAAGACCGUCGAGUCGCCAGAGAAGGAAAAUGCGGGGACAGGUGAAGGAUUAAAGGAAGGAAGAAAGAAAGAAAAUGGACAUUUUUGCGUGGCGUAGAAUUAUUCAGUUGGCUGGAGAGAAGGUAUGAAACGCGUCACAUGAGACAGAGAGGAUUGUGGGAAACGGUGUGAACUGUCCGCCGCAUGGUUCGAGCGAUCGACUACUGGUCCUUACAGACUGUGAUUUCAUUCGAGAAUGAAGAUGUUAAACCUCUCUGUUGUGCUGUACAUUUGAGAGUCUAUCUUUAGUAACCAAUGUGCAAUAUGAGGCUAAAAUACCUACAAAACGCUAUAAUACACACGCUACUAUAUCUCCAAUAAUCCACGAUCAGAUUUAUUACACACUUUCACUUUAUUAUUUCUAUGUAUAAAAAAGACUUCACCACAUGAUGUAAAAGAACAGCUAUGGCAUUCCGUAUUAUAGUUAUGACAAAAAAACUUUUUGUACAGUAUUUAUGUUUUUCAGUUGUAGUUUAUACUUUUUUAUAGCACUUAAUUUAUCAAUACUGUAGUCUGGAGUGUUUUUUGGAAACAUAAUUGAGGCGACUCUCAUUAAGAAACGACCAGGGUUUUCAUAAUAAAAUUUUGCAAAAUGGAAAUUAAAACGUUUUUGUUUGCCUUUAGGUUUUAGGGUGAAAUAUCAGAUGUUUCUUGACAUGUUUUGUGACAACUGACCCUUUGAAAUCUGUCAGGAGUCGUGCGUGUCACAUAAUGUCGAUUCCAGUUUCAAGUUUAAGAACUGUGUUUGUGUGUAGAUUAUGACACACACACACACACACACACUGAAGACAGACAGGUGACAGCCCUUCCGCUGUGUUUAUGAGUGAGAAUUAAGUUGAAACGACUUCCUAUUAAAAGUCAAUUCAGCUGCCGUAGGUUGAUGAUGCAUUCGGUCACGAACACACUCGCCUGAAUCCGAAUCCCACAGAAUGACGUGUGAUUUAAUCUGCAGUGAUUUCCACAAACCAUGUCAUGUCACGUUUACAGGUUUCACUUUAAUAAUCUGUUUUGUGAAUGUUAGUGCCAAUAACCUCUGGGUCAAAGAAUUGACUUUGCCUUUAUGACAGACAAGAUCAUCAGAGAAUCGUAUUUUCAUAAAUCUGAAUUUGUUUUUCUAGCAAAUAUCUAAAUCAAGCAAGUGAUGAAACUCCUAAUGGAAGUCUUACUGUUGUAAGUAAUUUCUCUCUGCCCCUCCUCAUUGUAAAUAUUGGUAUAUAUUGGCUUUUCUGUGUACAUAGUGCUCUCACAGUCUACGAUUGUUCAUAUGAAUCUAAUGGCAUAUUUUUAUAAGUCCCCAGUUGGCAUGUGCCGUCUCAUUUAAAUUCAAGCUGUCACGGUGUUUUAUGAGAGAUGGACAGCGUCUGUGGCUCGUGUAACAGUUGUCAAGCUGAUUUCACACUGUUACUGAUAUUUGUCUUAUUUUGUCACUGUGUGUCUUUGUAAUUAAACAUUUCACUGAUGUCAGAAUCCUCAUUUUUUAUGUUGAUUUGGAAUAAGUAUUUAAGUACCAUGAGCAGUUUCGUUCAGUUGACAUGCAUAUAAAUACAUAAUAUCAACAUUUAGCAACAUCAAUAUCUAUGCUGCAC